AUGGGUAAAACAGAACUCCCGGGGGUGGCACUCAUUUCUGGCUCGGGCUCGGGCAUCGGGCGAGCAACGGCUCUAGCAUUUGCGGAAGCAGGCUGCACACGCUUCGCGCUCCUUGACUUGAACGAAGAAGGGCUCUCGACUACCAAAAAGCUCAUCGAGGAGGCGGCAGUUGGAAGCAACAGCUCUCUGAAAAUCCACACCUACAAGUGUGAUGUUUCCAACCCAGACAGUAUCACGCGGGCCUACGCCGACGCCAAGGAGACAUUCUCCCGUCUCGACUAUGCCGUGCAUUGUGCAGGGAUCAUUCUCUUUGGCCGUUCCACCGACUAUUCCGUCGAGGAUUUCGACAGGCAGAACAGCGUGAAUUACCGCGGCCUGUGGCUGUGUUCCCGCGAAGCUCUGCGCACCAUGAGCACUCAAUCUCUGGAUUGCGACGCUUAUCCCGAAGCUCAGAUUCCGCCCACUCGCGCCCAGCGCGGUAGCAUUGUCAACAUCUCCUCCGGUCUCGCACUAGUGUCGCAGUCCAACUGUCCUGCAUACUGCGGUGCCAAAGCCGGCGUGUUGGCGGUCACCCGCUCCGAUGGAAUCGACUAUGCCUCUGAACGGAUCCGGGUAAAUGCUGUCCUGCCAGGGAUCGUGGAUUCUCCAAUGACGAACCCGGACCCUGGAACCAGGAAGUGGCUCGAGGACAACGCGGUCAAGAACACGCCGAUGAGGAGAUUCGGACUGCCCGAAGAAAUCGCCGAUGUUUGUGUCUUUUUGGCGAGCAAUAAGGCAAGCUUUGUUACUGGGGCGGGCUGGUGUGCUGACGGCGGGUUCGUUGCUGGGAUGGCAUAUUGA